AUGAAACAUCGUCUGGUUCACAAUGCUGUGCCAUGUUCUCCGAAAUCGCACGUAACAAAGAAUGCAGUUUCAAAUCAGCAGGUGCCUAAUUUAAGUGACACACCUUUCUCAAGUGCUAUGGGUAAUCAUUUAAUAUCCCCAGUUCCUGUUCAAGGACCAAGUAAUCAACAAACACCAGUAGCCUGCAGCACAUCAAAGUCGCAUUAUUCAGCGAAAAAAUAUACGCCCAGAAAAUCAGUAUUGGCAAAUACUGUUAAAAAGUUUUGGGACAUGGCAAGGCAACUAAAAUUAAAAGUGGCAACUUCAGAGAGAAAAUCUAUAGCUUAUUCUUUUGAAAAAACACUAUUUAGUCAAAGGGUUAGCAAAAAAUGUUCAUUCAUUCAGCGGCAGGUAAUAUUGAACACUCAAAAAACAAAAGGCAGGCGUUUUACACAAUCUGACAAAAUUGAUGCCUAUCGCAUCUACAGUAAAAGUAGAGCAGCAUAUCGUGUUUUAAAAGAAUUUCUUCAGCUACCAGAUGAACGAACUCUUCAGCGUUUUGUGUCAUCGAAGCUCGCAUACGCAGGGAUUAGUGCAGAUGUUAUAUUUGCAUUGAAACAAGUUCUGCAAAAUAAGGAGAAACAUGAAAAAAUGUUUGCCUUAAUCUUUGACGAAGUAUCAUUGAAACCUUCUCUGGUGUAUGACCGCCAAAAGGAUCACGUGGUUGGAUUUGAGGACUUUGGUGGUUUACGAAGCGAUUCAUUUGCCAAUCAUGCACUGGUACUAAUGCUGAGAAGUUUGACUAGCAAGAAAAAGGUACCACUUGGUUUUUACUUCUCAAGCCAUGCCAUGAAUGCAGAACGACUUCGAGAUAUAGUAAUGGAGGCAUUGUCAAAAUUGUCUUCUGCUAAUGCUACAGUUAAGGCUCUGGUUUGUGACCAGAGUGGAAGUAAUUGUAGAUUGUUUGGUCUCCUAGGAACAGAAUCUACAAAGCCAUUCUUCUAUUUUAAUGGGCAGAAGGUUUUUUGUUUGUUCGAUCCACCACACCUUUUAAAAAAUUUACGACGUAGCCUUAUGAAAUAUGACCUCCAAACUAAUAAAGGACUUGUGUCAUUCAAGCACAUUCGAGAUUUUUACACAGUGGAUCAAACACUUCUUGUUCGCUGUGCACCAAAAAUUACCGAUGCACACAUAUACGUGGCUGGCAUGAAUUCCAUGAAAGUUGCGCUUGCUGCGCAAGUUUUUAGCCACACAGUAGCAGCAGGAAUGAAUAUGUGUGUGUCCUAUCUGGACUAA